GCCAUCCGUGGGAAGGUUUUAGAAGGGGGCAGAGCUCUACCCGGAAGUGUCUCGCGGCUGAGCACUCUGUCAUUUGGCCACGGUCGGUUCUGAGGAGAGGGACAGCAACGGCAAAGAAACGCAGGAACAAGUCAGUUGUAUAGAGAGAAGAAAAAAAAUACAGGAAUCCUUUAAACAAUGAAACCGACCGAAUAAGCCACUACAGUCAACUAGUAUUGAAUUCGUUUUAAACAUUUAAUUCAAUGACAUUAUUUUUAUUUUUAUACAAGCAAGGUUAGCGGCUCGCGAGAGAGAGCUGUGUCAUUGAGCAGGCAGGACACGUCAGGAGAGGAGAGAAAAGCUGGUUAGCCAUAACUAGCUACUAUAUGAACGAAAGCCAUAAAAGUACCAUAUCGCUUGUCAUAAACUUGAUUUUCACAAUUUUAUCAGACGCAUCGAGAUUGCCGGUUGACUACAGGACGGAUCGAGUCGUCGCCUGGAUCAAGGGUAACGUUAGCGACCAAAAGGACGUAAAGAUCACGGGAUAGCACAUAUUGUGUGGGGGAAAGCAAAUGGGGGAUUACGGGUUUGGAGUCUUAGUGCAAAACAACACUGGCAACAAGUCUGCAUUCCCAGUUAGAAUUCACCCACAUCUGCAACCUCCACAUCAUCAUCAGAAUGUGUCUCCAAGCCCUGCUGCUUUCAUAAACAAUACCACAUCUGGUAAUGGCAGUAGCAGUGGGUCGCCUUGGCUGUUUUCAGCCACAGCUGCCCACAGCAGCAUGCAAGAUGAAAUUCUUGGGUCUGAAAAGCCCAAAGCCCAGCAACAGGAAAUGCAAGAAACGCAAGAAAAGCAGCAACUGUCCCCUGGCCACCAGGAGUCUGUAAUCAUAUCUGAGUUAGAGAAGGCGAGGUCCGAGGAGAACAAGGUGGAGGGCAGCCCCUCAGAGGGUAGCAAUGGAAAGGAGAAGCUGCGCCUCGAGUCCCCAGUACUGACAGGCUUCGACUACCAAGAGACAUCGGGUCUUGGGGCUCCGGUCCAGUCCAGUACCUCCUCGUCCCUGACCGGCUUCAACAACUGGUCAGCGGCUAUUUCCCAGACACCCUCCACCAUCAUCAACGAGGAUGUCAGCUUCUUCAACCCAGCUGCCUCUGCUAACAAUGGGGCCCUCCUGUUCCAGAAUUUCUCCCACCACACCAGCCCAGGCUUUGGGGGAAACUUCUCCCCCCAGAUUGGACCCAUCUCCCAGCACCAUCCCCCACAUCCACACUUUCAGCACCCACAUAACCAACACCAACAACACCGCAGGUCCCCAGCCAGCCCCCACCCUCCUCCCUUCCCCCAUAGGAAUGCUGCGUUCAGCCAGUUGCCCCAUUUGUCCAAUAAUCUGAAUAAACCCCCGUCACCUUGGGGUAGCUACCAAAGCCCUGCUCCCUCUCCCUCCUCUACCUCCUGGAGUCCCGGCGGGGGCUAUGGUGGCUGGGGAGGCUCCCAGGGGCGUGAGUACCGUCGGGGCCUCAACGGAGGCAUGACCCCCCUGAACUCAAUCUCCCCACUGAAGAAAACCUUCCCCAACAACCACGUGCCGUCGCAGAAGUACUCCCGCACCAGCCCUGGGUUCAACCCCAAAUCCUGGAUGGACGAGAGUGUGAGCAGGAGUGACAACAUCUUCCCCUUCCAGGAGCGCACCAGAUCCUUGUGGAUGGCUUCAACAUGCAUUCCCUGCGAGAACUCUCUCAUUGACAUCAUGAGGGCCGAGCAAGAUACCCUGAAAGGUCGCCUAGGAUUCACCCAUCCAGGGGGAGAUAGUCCUCUGCCCAUAAAUGCAAGGAAUUAUGGGAGGAGACGAGGUCACUCUUCCCUGUUCCCCAUGGAGGAUGGUUUCCCUGACGAUGAGCGUGGUGAGCAGAGCCUGCCUGGCCUUGGCUCGCCCCACUGCUUCCCCCACCAGAAUGGGGAGCGUGUUGAGCGUUACUCCCGCAAGGUCUUUGUCGGUGGCCUCCCGCCAGAUAUUGAUGAAGAUGAAAUAACUGCAAGUUUCCGUCGCUUUGGACACCUCUUUGUGGACUGGCCUCACAAGGCAGAGAGCAAAUCUUACUUUCCCCCGAAAGGUUAUGCCUUCCUGCUGUUCCAGGAGGAGAGCUCUGUGCAGGCCCUGAUUGAAGCCUGUAUUGAAGAGGACGGCAAGCUCUACCUGUGUGUGUCCAGCCCCACCAUCAAAGACAAGCCGGUCCAGAUCCGUCCCUGGAACCUGAACGACAGUGACUUUGUGAUGGACGGCUCCCAGCCUCUGGACCCCAGGAAGACCAUCUUUGUGGGUGGGGUGCCACGCCCUCUCCGUGCAGUGGAGCUGGCUAUGAUCAUGGACAGGCUGUAUGGAGGCGUGUGCUAUGCAGGCAUCGACACAGACCCGGAGCUCAAGUACCCCAAGGGAGCAGGGCGGGUCGCCUUCUCUAAUCAGCAGAGCUACAUUGCUGCUAUCAGCGCUCGUUUUGUCCAACUGCAGCAUGGAGAAAUCGAUAAACGGGUGGAAGUGAAGCCAUACGUCUUGGACGACCAGUUGUGUGAUGAGUGUCAGGGAACUCGGUGCGGGGGCAAGUUUGCCCCUUUCUUCUGCGCCAACGUCACCUGUCUCCAGUAUUACUGUGAAUACUGCUGGGCGGCCAUCCACUCACGCGCUGGUCGGGAGUUCCACAAGCCACUGGUCAAGGAGGGAGGGGACCGGCCUAGGCACAUCUCCUUCCGCUGGAACUGAGAGAGAGGCAGAGGGGGGAGUAGGAGUCGCAAAAUCAUUGUACAAAUAAAUGCACUUUUCUGUUGCUGGUUCCUUUUUAACUCUAAUUUGGGAGAAAAAAAAGUUUAAUUUUAAAUUAAUAUUUCUUUUAAAGAUGAGGAAAUAUGUUAAGAAAGGAAAAGAAAAUGUGUAUCCCAUGUGAAAUCCCAUUCUCUUGACUUUCUCCAGUUGCUUUUAUUUUAUUAGAAUAGAAUUUGAAAAGAUUAGGCUUUCAAUUGUCACCUUACUAUCCAAUUGGUGUGUCAUUGACCAUCAACUUCAAAGCAGUAUGUUCAGUUCAAAUGUUCAUCCAAUAGGCUCCAGAGCAGAAGUUCAUCCAAUAGGCUCCAGAGCAGAUGUUAAUAGCGAAGGUGUUGCUAAAGAAGAGUGCACUUAUUUCUUUAUUUUAGAGUGCAUAAUAUAAAGUCUCAGUAGUUAACCAAAGCUUAAUCUCAAUUGGUUUGAAAAAGAAACAAGUACAGAAACGUGGAUUAUUUCCCAGAUCAGAUGUUUGAAUAUUUUUUUUUUUUUUUUUUAGAGACCAUGCUAAUAUUUGAUGUUACUUGACAAGAUCCAUUUCACAACAGGCGUUCUGGUUUGAUCUCCAUUUUGACAUGCAAAAACUAAUACCUCAAGCUUAGCUGCUAAUGUGACGAAUAAGUUAAAGAAAGUAAGCUGGUAUCCCUCUUCCCUUAGGACCACAAUCAAAGGGAAACGGCGUCAGCAAAAAGACACAUUUUUAUAGACGCUGCUUUGUCACUUCUUUAUUUUUGUAAUCCGACCCAAGGUUGUACUAGGAAUGAACAGAGCAUUUUAUUGGGGAAUGUAUGGCGUUGGAGGUCCCUGAGACCCUCAGCGCUGGCCCGUAUAGAGAUAAGUGACCCCCCCUCUGUGUCUGAGGCCAUGCUAGCUAGGAGAGGAGAGGCUAGUGCCUAGUUCUCAUCAGGGCUGUACGUGAGCAGAAAGCCCUGUUUUUCGUGUAUUAUUAUUGCGUUGGUGCAAAUCUCCCAAUCCUUUAUUCACAACCGUAUUCUGUUUUUAACCCCCCUCAAAAAGAGAAAUGAAUUACAAAAGUCAGGCUUGUCAUCAACACAUUUCCAUCUAGAGGAGGAUGCUGUUACUAGACCUGCAGACCUCUCUUCCUGUGCCAGCCCAGCUAACUCAGCCAGUGUUCUAAGCAUAAAUGAAGAUAGUCCAUGCGAUGUGCUCUACUACAUGCGUCCCACAAUGCAGUUCACUCACUCAAACAAGACUGCAAUAAAGAGGUUAUACCUAGAUGCUUUAGGGAACCAAAGUCGGCUGUGCAGUAGUGAGUAAUACAGUAUUUCAUUUCAGUUUUUCUGAGUUAAUUAUUAUUUUCCUAUUUUUCAUACGAAGACCAGAUGGACUACAUCAAACCAAAGAUUGGCCUUGAAUAGAUAACAGUGCAGUCAAAAUCCAGGAAAACACUAGUGAAAACAACUGGACUUAUUCAGUUUACAGACACCCAGGAUUUUUCACCAGUCAAUCCCUUCAUUUCCAAAGGUCAAAAUGGAGACGUUUGUUGCUAGGCAGUUGUGUAACGUGAAUAGGUCUGCAACAGGUUUGGGGAAAUGAACACAAAAAGCUAAACAAAGGCUCACAUUUGGUUUGGUUAUUAUAGUCAUACAGUAUCUGAAUCCUACUAGCGUUUUAAUAUGUCAGGGAGGGAGUGCUGAAAUAGAAUUUAACACACUAGUGAAAACCGUAUCCUUGUGUUGGCUUGAUGGUGUUCUACUGCACCAGUUCUGCACCAUGACUUUAGCUUGCUGGUGUGGUGGAUAAACAUUUUAGGAGUUAAACACUUUUUGAAGAAUUUGCUGUUAAUGAGAGAAAAAAAGAUUAUUUUAUACAUGGCCUGCUGAUUUUUGGUACAGUGUUUUCUAGCUAAAUUAUUUUGUCAUGCACAUAUAAACAUUUUAUGCACUACUUUUCUAAAUAUUUUUCGUUUCUUCCCAACAGUCAUUUUAGGCACAUUUUUCACAAAUGGGGAAAACUCCUUUUUGCAAUACCUCAAUUUUUCACAUUGUGAAAGGUAGCUUUUGUACUUUUGUUACUGAGAGAUCUGCAUAUAUGGACACUUUUCAUUUAACGAAAAAAAAAUGUAGUGAUUUCGAUAUAUAUUAUUUUCAGUUAUGCUUUUUUCUACAUUUCAGUGCUGAGGAAUCUUCACAACCAAGUAGCGUACGUGCAUUGACGCGACUUCCGAAACGGCAGAGGAACGAUCAGUGUACUGCUUAAAGGUCUUAGAUCUUAUACACYAGAUGUUUCACAAAAAUCAGAUCUUAACAGCAUGGCGAGGACAAAGUUGUCAUUUAAAAUUUUAAUGUUAUUGUUAAAAAAAAAAAAAUGGCUAUCCUAGUUGGGGAAAAUGGUAACUUCUCUUUUUGGUUUCCUCACCAUAGCUGGAAUAUAACUAUUAUAAGGAUAAUGCAAAUUAUGGUUCAUGCUUCGGCUGAAUCUCGUAUCACAAGAAUGGAUGUUUGGUGUUUAGAUAUUUUAACAUUUGAAAAUAUAUAUUCUUGAACUUGCCAAUUAGCUCCUAUUGUAAUCCUUAGCAUGCAUGACGAAAAAAAGAUAAGUACAUGAAUUAGCUAUUGAAUUUGAUUGUUGUGGUUGUGCACCAGAUGUUUCUCAACUUUAAUUUGUUAAGGACACCCCACACCUCACUUCCCUCCCAUGUGUUAAUAUCUUUGCCUUCUCCAUACUCAGACCUCUGCAGGAUGCAAAGAAAAAAAGAUGAGAAAAUAAGAAAAAAAACUAACUCUAAAAUCUAUUUUAGCAGUGGAGGACUUGAGCAUCUUAUAGGACACUGUUGAAAAGACUUGUUAACUCAUCUCCACUGUCUGUUGAGGUAAUUCAACCUAGUUGGAGGAAGGGGAACAUUAAGACUUGAAUGUGGUAAAUGUUGCAAGUUAACUUCGAGUUGUUAUGUGCAAUACAUUUUAUUUUAUUUUUUACUUUUUUCCAGAUAAAGACUCUUUGCAAUGUAAUUCUUUAAUGCCAUUUUUAAUUGCAGACAUUUAAAGAAGACGUUAAUAUGUUUCAGUCAUUUUCUACUGUUAUUGUAAUCCUUUUCAUGCUGGUGUUUGUAAAAAAGAAAAAGAAAUCAAACUAUUUGUACUAAUAUAAAUAAUUGAAGUUAUUUUUAAAACAUUAAAAGGUUUUGUGCUCAUUUGUUUAUUUCAAGCUACUGUGAUUGCAUUGUAAUUAUUAGGUCAAUAAUGUAUUUAGCUGUUUAUUGGUAUAUUUUUAAUUGGAAUGUAUAAUUUUUAUAAUUUUGAUCAGAUUUGUUAUAUUUUUGAGGUGAAGCUUUUAAAGUGUCUAGUUUUUACUAAUUGCUAUAUUGUGCUCCACAAUAUAUGAUUAACAUUUUCUGAAGGAAAAUAAAUAUUUAAAUAUUUGUCUGUUAAUGAUGUUACUUAAUGGCAAAAUUUCAAUAGUUUUUAACUGUGUAUGGGAAGGUUGUUGUAUUUAUUAAUAGCAUUUUUUACUUAAGAUAUCACCUUAAUUUCUAUUGUCAUUUCACUUUAUAAGUUCCUAUUUUUGUAUUUUCCUUUCUAAUUAAGUUAUGUAAUACAAAAUGUCCAUAUUUCUAGGAGUUGGUCUGUAGCAGUGCUAGUGAAACGAAAAAUAAAAUUCUGUUAUUUAAUUGUUUGCAGCCAACUAUUUAUAACAGUGCAUCAUUUUGAAAUAUUUGUAAUGUGAAAUGUUGAAUGAAUAAAACUUAACUGUGAUAAGG